AUGGGUAUUAGUGCAUCGGCUAUUAACUCUUCAAAGACUCUUAAACAACAAAUUCAAGAUUGCAAAGAUGAUGAUCCAUUGUUUAGAUAUAAAAAUGGCCGAAGAUUUCUUAAAAAUGCAACCAUAUUUUAUUUUUUACCACUCGAUGAACUUGAAUCUGACAGGAUGCAAUUGAGAGUAUGUAAUUUUAGAUCAAAUUUUUCUUCUCCUAUAGAAACAACCUUAAAACUUGGAGGAGCUCAAGCUCUCGAUGUUGCAUGUGGAUCUGGUCUUUGGGCAUUUGAAAUGGCAUCUGAUUAUCCUCUUUCGGAAUUUACUGGUGUUGACAUAGCACCAAUUUUCCCAUCCGAUAUAAUGCCUCCAAAUGAUCUAUUCCAUCACUUUCCUCUAAAAAUCAUUAGGGAUCGGUUAUUUCCCGAUUUGGUUCGCGUAUUAAAACCUGGUGGAUGGAUCGAGAUUCAAGAUCGUGACCCAAAUAUGAUAAAUGCUGGUCCUAUUUGCAAACGCCUCGAAGACAUGAUGUCUUUAAGUUUUUUAAACCAUGGUAUACACAUUAAAAACCAUUAUGAUGAUAUGGAAAACAUAUUCAAAAAAAAUAAUCUAAUCAAAUAUCGUCUUGAAAGAAGAACUGUUGCAUAUGCCGAUCUUGAUUUGGCAAUACAGGAUUUUCUUUCUACUUAUAAAGCUAUGAGAUUUGCAUUGACCGAAUGUUCAGGCGCCACUCCUGAAGAAUAUGAUGAGAUAGUUGAAAAUGCCAGUAAAGAAUUAAUUGAAUAUAAUUCUGAAUUUGGUUCAAGAAAGUAUUUCGGUCAAAAACCUAUGGUAUAUGAUAUUUAA